AUGGACAAGGUGAUGAGAUUGGCCUCAGAGAAAGGGGUAGUGCUAUUUAGCAAGAGCUCAUGUUGCCUGUGUUAUGUAGUCAAAAAUCUAUUUCAAGAUCAGCUUGGGGUGACCCCUACGAUUUAUGAGAUCGACCAAGACCCCGACGGCAGGGAAAUGGAGAAAGCACUCAUGAGGUUGGGGUGUAACGCGCCUGUUCCAGCUGUUUUCAUUGGUGGAAAGCUGGUAGGCUCCACCAAUGAAGUCAUGUCCCUCCAUCUAGGUGGAGGGCUGAUACCUUUGCUGAAGCCUUAUCAGGCUUUACGUUGAAUUAAGUACUUCAAUAUCACACUGAAAGAAUAAAAUUGGCUCAAAUCAGUAGUCCCUAGUGAGCUGUGUGUUGUGUAGUCUGUGUAGCUUUCUAUGUCUCGUGCUCCGUAGCUAUGGAUUAGUUUCCAG